GAAUCUACGCCUUCUAUGUGAAAGCUACGAGCAAAGUUCAAAUAGCUGUCAUAUUUGUUUGAAAGGCUAGUCAUUUUCUACAUAAGUACACUGACAGUAAUGCAAAUGAGCUUUCGGCCACCAGAUGAUAGACUGAGUUUAACAUUUGACAAUAAAAAUGCUUCAGAUAUUGUUGGAAGAAUGUAUCCAUCCGUCGAAUCGCUUGUAAAUUCAGAUUCAUUUGAAGAUUUUGAGACCAUCGACAGUCAUGACAGUGACACAAAUUCUGUUCCUGAAUCUUUAACAAGUCUUGGAACUCCGCCAAGAUCAAGGACAUUUCUUUACCCGAGAAAAGAGUUUGUUGAUCAUCUUCAACCUGAAGAAGUAAGAUGGUUUUACAAAAAAGAUGGAGAUAAAAAGUGGUCACCAUUUAUUGGGUAUGAUUCAUUAAGAAUUGAAUGUCGGUAUAGAGUUCAUCAGCAAAAUGGGUUUGAGGGACUUUCUGAAGCUGAGACAGCUGAUCUUGACCUGAUUCUUGUACGUGGUGGCCUCUAUGAAGUUGAUGUUACUAAUGCAACUUGUCAGCCGGUAUAUUGGUCUGGUGACAAGAGCAGAAUUAUACGUGGAACAUGGUUUUAUGAUCAUACAUGGCAGCCAAUGGAUGAAGGCUAUUCUAGUCAGGUAGAAACCCAGUACCUCAGUAGUUUCCUUGGCCACCGUUUGUAUGAGGAAACAACAUCACUGCACAAAGGCAACAAGCCUGUCAUUUUAAGCAUCCGGUUUACAGAAUUCUAUGUGGAAUGGACAUCUCCAACUGACGUAUUCCUCUUCAAAGACACUGCCUCUUCAAGAUUAUUUAGAGCAGUAGGAAAUAAGCUUGGAGUUAGUAAAUCUGGUUCCCGCCUUCACCGUGGUUACUGCCUGGAUGCCAUAAUGGAUGAUAAACCUACAGAUAUAACCCACCUUGUGUUUGUGGUGCAUGGUAUAGGACAAAAAAUGGAUACUGGUCACAUUGUUCGUUGUUGUCAUGAGAUCCGAGACAGAACAGAGGAGGUCAAGUCCAAGUUGUUUCCACAUUUUGAACACAAUGAAAACCAGCGUGCUGAAUUUCUUCCAGUAGAGUGGCGAUCAUCAUUGAAGCUUGAUGGAGAUACAGUUGAGUCCUUGACACCUCAGAAGAUGCGAGGAAUAAGAGUAAUCCUGAACGCUAGUGCAAUGGAUGUCAUGUAUUACACAAGUCCACUUUACAGAUCAGAGAUUACACAUGGCCUGGAACAUGAACUCAACCGCUUGUACAACAUGUUUUGUGAACGUCAUCCAUAUUUUGAACCAAAUGGAGGAAAAGUCUCAAUAGUUGCACAUUCUUUAGGUUGUGUUAUAUCCUAUGAUAUCAUAACAGGAUGGAACCCAAUCACAUUGUACGACCAGUUUGUCUCUUCAGUAAUUGAGGAAGAAAGGGAGCAGUCAGGAGGUUCUAAUGAGGUCAACAAGGAACUAGACAUUGCUGAAAACAGGGUAACAGAGAUAGAGCGCCUUUUGAAAGAAGUACAUGAGAAGCGGGCAAAGCCAUUGCGGUUCAAAGUUGAGAACUUGUUCUGCCUUGGCUCACCCCUGGGGGUGUUUCUAGCUCUGCGUGGGGUACGGCCCCUGGGGAAGGGAACCCUAGACCACAUCAUUACCAAGCAGGCCUGCAAGCGCCUCUUCAACAUCUACCACCCUGCAGACCCGGUGGCAUACAGACUUGAGCCUCUGAUUCUGAAACAUUACUCGACUAUUAGUCCUCUAGUCAUUCACAAAUGUGACAGUCCAAACAAAGUUCCAUACACAAAGAUCCCUUCAACAGCCUUCGCAGCAUUCCAGAGCUCCAGUGAGGUGGCCAGUGAGAAGAUGGACGUGUCUGACCAGGACAGUGUUGGCAGUGGCAGCACAUGCAGCCCGCCCCCUUUCCAGGUCCCCUCACCCACCAGGAGGAAGAUCAGCCUUAGGAAAGUUGGUGGCUGGUUUGACAGUUUUACUAAAAGCAUGAGCAAGGAGGGUGAAGGCAGCAUGUCAGCAGAGUUGAGGGCCUUGAACCGCCUUGAGCGGGAGGCAGAGAGCUCCCGGGCACACACACCGCAGGAUCAGGCGAACAGGGACCUGGAUCAAACAGAUUUGGAAUACCGCUUGGACUACACAUUACCAUAUAGUGGAGGAAUCACUCGAGGCUACAUUUCUGUUGUGACAUCGCAUACAUCAUACUGGAAUAAUCUGGAUGUGGCAUGUUUUAUUCUUUCUCAUUUACAUCCAACUUUACAGAGUGUUUAAUAUCAUGUAACUACUGAAUUAUUUGUUAUCUGGAACUGUGUUAAAAAACUUCUUCAAAAUAUGACGUGCAAUGCAAUUGUUGCAAUCUGUAUUCAGCUGAAUUUUUUUCACACCUAUAUAAAUAUGGCAUUGGCAGUCUGUGCUUAACAGCCUUUUUGUUUGUUGUUUACACUGGACAACAGUUACAAUGAACCACAGACUGAUCUGUACACUGGACAACAGUUACAAUGAACCACAGACUGUUUUGUACACUGGACAACGGUAACAAUAAACCACCAACUGAUUUUUAGCCAGGCUGUUUUCGGAGAAAACGUGAGCUAUUGUCAUAGCCAGCUCGCCGUCCGAUAUAGGCGUCGUGCUAAAACCUUAACAUUGGCUCUAAAAUCAAAGUGCUUCCACCUACAAUUUUGAAACUUCAUAUGUGCAUGCACCUUGAUGAGUUCUACACGCCACACCCAUUUUUGGGUCACUAGGUCAAAGGGCAAGGUCACUGUGACCUCUAAUAUAAAAAUUUAACAUAGGCUCUAAAAUCAAAGUGCUUCCACCUACAGCUUUGAAACUUCAUUAGUAGAUGCACCUUCAUGAGUUCUACACGCCACACCCAUUUUUGGGUCACUAGGUCAAAGGUCAAGGUCACUGUGACCUCUAAUAUAAAAAUUUAACAUAAACCUUAACAUUUGCUCUAAAAUCAAAGUGCUUCGACCUACAACUUUGAAACUUCAUAUGUAGAUGCACCUUGAUGAGUUCUACAUGCCACACCCAUUUUGGGUCGCUAGGUCAAAGGUCAAGGUCACUGUGACCUCUAAAAAAAUAAAAAAAUAUUCUGACAAGCUUUCGCAGCCGAGCAUGGCACCCGUUAUGCAAUGCUCUUGUUACACUGAACAACAGUUACAUUGUACCACAGACUAAUCUGUACACUGAACAACGGUAAUAAUGUACCACAGACUGAUAUCUGUACACUGGACAACAGUUGCCAUGAACCACAGACUGUUAUGUACAUUGGGUAACAGUUGCCAUGAACCACAGACUGAUAUGUGCAGUGGAUGACAGUUACAAUCAACCACAGACUGGUAUGUACAGUGGACAACAGUUACAAUCAACCACAGACUGAAAUGUACAGUGUACGACCGUUACAAUCAACCACAGACUGGUAUGUACAGUGGACAACAGUUACAAUCAACCACAGACUGAUAUGUACAGCGGACAACAGUAACAAUCAACCACAGACUGGUAUGUACAGUGGACAACAGUUACAAUCAACCACAGACUGAUAUGUACAGUGGACAACAGUAACAAUCAACCACAGAGUGGUAUGUACAGUGGACAACAGUUACAAUCAACCACAGACUUAUAUGUACAGUGGACACCAGUUACAAUCAACCACAGACUGGUAUGUACAGUGGAUAACAGUUACAAUCAACCACAGACUGAUAUGUACAGUGGACAACAGUUACAAUCAACUACAGACUGGUAUGUACAGUGGACAACAAUUACAAUCAACACCAGACUGGUAUGUACAGUGGACAACAGUUACAAUCAACCACAGACUGGUAUGUACAGUGGACAACAGUUACAAUCAACCACAGACUGUUAUGUACAGUGGACAACAGUUACAAUCAACCACAGACUGAUAUGUACAGUGGACAACAGUUACAAUCAACCACAGGCUGAUAUGUACAGUUGACAACAGUUACAAUGAACCGCAGACUGCUUUGUACAGUGGACAACAGUUGCCAUGCUGUUUAAAGAAACAAAUGUUUGUGUAUUUUUAUCUGAAUAAUUCAUAGUUGGGUAUGCAAGCUGGAAAUUGUAUUAUAAAAUAAAAUAAAUGGCAUGCAAUUUCAAUUAAGUAAUAAAUCUAUUUUAAUUUUAUUAGCUCGGCUGUUUUCGGAGAAAACCCAAGGUAUUGUCGUAACCAGCUCGUUGUCCGCCGUCUGACAUAAGGACGUAAAAACUACAUGCCACACCCAUUUUUGGGGCACUAGGUCAAAGGUCAAGGUCACUGUGACCUAAAAAAAAAAAAAAUCUGACAAGCUUUCAUUUAUUAAAAACUGCACCCGCAGCCGAGCAUGGCACCCGUUAUGCGGUGCUCUUGUUUUAAUAUGUGUUACUAUUCAUAAAGUCAUUGAGCAGUACAUUUAUGCCAUACAUUUUGGGACUGGUACAUACUUCUCUUCCUUUAUUUUACAUACUUAUAUUUGCUCAAUAUACUUGUACUUGUCUUGGGUUGCAACCUUUGCAAUGACAUAAACAAUAUGUUUUGUUCAAUUGUACAUGUUUUUUUUUUUAGUCUAUGUUCUGAUACUAUAGGUUAUCGUUAUAAGUUGAAUGGGAGAUUAUUUAAAAUUUUGAUACAACUAAUUGUUUUUCUCAUGCAAACAUCUUCAAUAUUCAGCUAGAUUUGUGUACUGUUAUCCAGUAUCCAUGAAACUGUGCAUCACUGUUGAAAGGCUGUAGCUAUAAUACAUGAAGGGGCCAAUGUCUUUUUCCUUUUUUAUAGUUUAGUUUUUAAAUUAUCAGUUUUAGUUGCUGCAAGUUUUGAAAAUUUACUGGAAUAUUUUGAUUUUAAAAAUUGUUAAUAAAUGAUACAUAUAUUGUUUACAUUUUGAAUUUUUUUUUUAUCAUCAUUGAUAAACAGUUUUUAAUUCAUUUUUUUUUAUAGAUUUCUUUACUUUACCAUGUAUUAACAGCUACCAUGAAUAACGCGAACCUGAUAACAAAGAGAAUUGUUUAAUUGGCUGGCAUUUUCUAUUACACAAUAUGUUGAGAAGAUGACUGAUACAUUUAUAUAUGUCACUGAACGGAUAACUCUUGUUUUCUAUUCAAAAUCUAUAGCUUUUUUUAUGAUCACGAGUUCCAUAAAAUUGACAAAUCUUGAGAUAAUUCUCAAGAGUUCACAAGGAGUAAAGAUAAAUUUGUAUCAGUUUGUUGAUAAGUAUUUUUCUUAUUGUCUACAGUGGUCUCUUGUCAAUGACUUAAGCAUCAGCACCAUCGAGUUCUCCAUAAUCAUCACUCUAUGAAAUAAAAUGUUUAAUACAACACUUGCUGAUCAGGGUUUUAUACCGUCUAGACUUAGGUUAAAAAUCAUUGACUGAGUAUACUGCUAAACAUAAACUUGGAAUGCUUUACAAUCCAACUUUUUAUGGGAUUAAAAAAAGUGACUAUAUUACACUUAUUAAAGACUGUUGAACUUUCCAUAUUUAUACACAUCUAUCAAUAUGAUUACAUAAUUUCACAUUUUCAAGUGUUGAUUUGCAUUCCUGAACUAAUGCUGUAACUGAAACACUAACAAACAUGUUUCUCAUAUUUUAUUCAAACAUUACAAACUGCUAUUACCUCAUUCACACAAAGAGGAACCCUCUAUUCAGUAUGUGGACUACGGCCCUUUGACCUGCAAGAUAAGAUAAUAGGGAGUAGUAUUCUUGAAAUACAAACUAGAUGGAUAUUUACGAUAGCACAAUGAUUUUUUUAAAAUUUGCAGUCUGUAAAGCGUAGUAUAAAUGUAUCAUACACACCAACUUAUAAACUGAAAUUUGUCUGUAAAAAACUGUGUGUAAUACAUGGAAAAGUACAGUAUCAAUAUUUCUAAUCUUAUUUAUGCAUUUAAUUAUGUCACUUGAGCACAAAUUGAGCCAAGAUGAGUUAUUGUAGUAUGUGGCCAUCGUCAUAAUUGUCAACAAUUAACGUAUACAAAAUCUCCACUGAAACUACUUGGUGAUAUUCAUCAAGACUUGAUAUGAAUGUUCCACUCCCAUUUUUAGCUCGAUUAUUCCCAUAGUCAACAUCCAUUUAUUGCUCUGGUUAAGGGAAAACAUUUCACUUUUCCAUUUCACUGUUUUUACUACAGGUAUUCCAUGGAAAAGUCACACAUGUGUUCGGGUCAUGGUAUGUAGCCACUGACCAAGUUCCAGUUUAGUGUGUUGUUUUUAUCCAAAAUCUUAGCAUAUGCUAGUAACUUCUCUAUCUUUAAGAUCUAUGUAAAGAAUUUUUUUCAGCUUAUUGUGAUAAUAUUUCAUCAUCAUUGCUCAUUAUUUGAAAUUUGUGCAAUAUAUAUCUUUAUUUUUUCGCAUUUAUUUGUUAUUGUUAAUUUUUUACAAAUGUGUGAUACAAUAAUGAACUGUUUCUAUUGCUCAAAGUAUUGCCUUGAUCAUUCUUUGCAUCAUUUUGCUCUUAUUUAAAGACUACAUUUAGGCUCACGUAAGCACUUAAUGCUCAUUUCAAACUUUUAGAAAACUGUGUUGUCUUUUGUCAGUUUUUGCCUAUGCUAACUUCUUUUCCUCCGCUAUGCAGAUUUUAAUGAAACUUUGCAGGAAUGAUCCUUGAUCAUUGGUCUUCCAAAGUUGUUCAAAUCUAUGUGUUCCAUUUAAUAUCUUAGUCACCAGAGCUAAAUUGUUUAUAAAACUUGUCAAACCUUUUCUGAAACCACAAGGGUCACUACUUAAAUAUUUAGUGUGAAUUAUUGUCUAGUGGUUUUCUACUUAAUUUGUGCAAGUAAUGCCUCAGGGUCGAAAUUUACAGUCAUACUAAAUGUUGUAUUUAUAAUUUAAAAGAAAAAUGGUAUUUGGCACACAACACCAUAUGAUCAUUUUUUACCAAGUUUGUUAAAAUCAUGUCCCUAGGGUUAAAAUUGGCCCCACCCUUGAUUCAGUCUUCAUAAACUUGAUCAGAUCAUUUGUUUUAAUCAUACCUUAGCUCAGUUUGAAAAUGAUUUAAGAAAUAUCACAAAAGUUUCAAAUAACAGUUCUGUUGUGACCCUUUAGUUUCUAAUAUGCUUAACAAGAUUCAUAGAGAACACUUGCUUAAUACACUUUAUAAAUACAACUUUUCUUAAACAAGUUUUAUUUAACAUUUAGGAUCAUUUGUCUUACUAUUUGUGUGCCCUUUGAUUGUUCUUCAUAGUUCACAUAAAUGUGUGUAAGGCUAAACAUGGAAAAUAAUCCAGUGUAAUAUUAAUUCAUUUACAGCAAAUGGUGCAAAAUCCGUUUUCUUUGUAACAAAAUGACAUUCCUUGUGCUUUUCAUUGCUUGGUUAAAGAUUGUUGUAUUUAAAUAUUUCAUUAUUUGCAAAAUAAAACUGGUUACAUGUAA